GGUGUGGUGAGUCUAGGGGUCCUGGCGCUGUGGGCCGGGGUGGGCACUUGGGGAGGAGUGCGAUGGGGUAGACGGACAUCUUCCCUCCAGGCUGCUCGGGCAGGGCUGGAGGGGAGUGGGCUUCAAUCUCAGCGUCCUCACACUGCUUCUGUCCAGAGCUUUGCGCACCGGUCUCCUACCCCGCCGGCAGCCGCAAGGGAUCGCAGAAGGUCCUUAGGGAAUUCAGGCCGAAGAGCAAACUCUGGUGCCCUGAAGUGUCCGUUGCCCCUUCGCGGGACCUCCUGGAUCACCUGGCGGCGCUGCCACUUUCUGUAUCCUGUUCCUCAGGCCUUCUCUUUGUUUAACUCUGUGUGCCCAGGGUUGCCCUUGGGGUCCUUCUCCUUGAGCUGGGGCUUGAUUAAGGGACUACUAUUUUUUUUUUAAGAAAAAAAAUCAGUUGGCUUAAAAGGCACAUUAGGAUCUACUCCUGUAUCACAACUUCAGGCUGCGUCGCCUGCCUCCUUGCCCUUUGUUUAUGCUCUUCCCGUCACCUGGAUUGUCCUUUUUUCCUCCUUUUAAGACUCCUACUCUUCACUAUCGAGGUUUCACCUCUUCUGGGAAACCUUUCUGAGACCGCCACCCAGAAUUGAAUGUAGAUGUCCACGGUUUUACUCUCAAAGCACUCUACCUACCUCCAUUGAAUCCCUGAUCUCACUCUGUCAUUGCUGAUUUACUUGUGUCUUCCCUACCAAAAUGUGAGAGCCUAUGGGGUAGGUGCUAUGACCUAUGUGAUUUUCUAUUGUGGGUGCCUCGAAAGCAAUCACAUUCUAUAGUUAAAAAGAAAAGUUUAUAGAUUUUUCUACACUUAUUUAGUAAGGCAGACCAGGUGCUAUCCUCAUUUCAGAAAAGUCACAUAAUUAGUAACAGAAUCAAGACUAAAGCAAUACCAUUCUGCCUUCAUAGUUCCAGCCUUCCCUCUUCCCUCCAAUGCUCAUAUUCUCUGUGAAACUGCAGUUAUACGUAGCAAGGUUACAAUUUUGGUGUAUGUUAUUACUUUUGUGGGCAAAGAAAAUGUAAUUUAUUUUUGUAUAUGACUGAUCUGGUUCCUUUCAUGAGCAUUUACUUAUUGAUUAUUAGGAAAGAAUCUAAAUGUCCGAUUGGGUUUAAAGUUUAGCUCAAUCUAGAAUUGAUUUCUUUGGCUAGUGUUUAAUUUCUCUUAUAUACAAAUAUUUAGGUUAUCAGGUAUCUUCUUGGAUUCUUUCCUUGAGAUGGUGCCCUGGCUAUGUGGAUGGCUCACGGAAUCAGUUGUGGGGACGGGUCAGGGUCCCUUUGCCUUCCCUUGGCUCUGGGGGGUGAUGUUCCUGGUAUACCGAGUGCUCCCUGCCCUAUGGCUUUCUUGGUUUUAACCUUUGGCUUAUAUACCAUGUGAACAGGUAUCUCCUGGUUUUGUCAGGACUCGGUAGAGCUCCCUGGCUCACUCAAUUGCGCUGAGUUCCUGCUGUGACUUCCCUUCAGCCCUGACUGGAGUGGUUUGCACCACAGCCCUCCCUCGCUGCAAAGCCUCCUUGCCCUGCUAUAGCAAUUGAGUAGGGCAAGCAUCCUGCAAGACUUUCCUAUUUCUAGGUCUCAUGUAUAUCCUAAGGCAGUGCUCUCAAACUUUGUUGUCUCAGGACUCCAUUUUACUCUUAAGAAAUGAUCCCGAAGAGCUUUCCUUUAUGCUCCAGCUAUUAUGCUUGAAAUCCAGUGGGAAGGAAUUAAGCAUUCCUGGAAUUUGCAGUCUAUAUAUCUGCUUACAUCUUAUCGCUUACUAUUUGGACAUGUGGCCACACCAAUAUUACAAGAGAGAUUGGAAAAUAGUCUUAUUCCACCAUAAAGAUCAGUUUAGGAAAAAGCCUUGUUAAAAGAAGAGAGGGUGGGGUUCUAUUCCAAAAGAAGAGAGGGUGGGGUUCUAUUCCAAAAGAAAAGGAGAUGAGAUUUUGGGGAAGACAACUAGUAAUUACUGGGAGGCUGAAAAUGAGGAAACCAAGGGAACUGUGGAGGAUCAGACCACAAGAACCACAGUAUGUUCUCAUAGCAGGCAGUUUGAUCAGCAUACUAUUUCUGUCACUUGCGAUGAGUGCCCUUCAACUAGCCUCAUUUCCUUGUAUCCCUUGUUCAAGAUUCAAGAUCGCAGGAUGGAUCCCCUGAUGGGCUGAGCUUAAAUAAUAUGCCUGCCCCCAGGCUUGUGCUGAGAGAGAGAAAAGAAGAAUCCUGCUUCUUAGUCUUCCGGUGUGGGAAGUUAGCUAUAUCUUUUAUUAGAAUUCUCUGAAACUGAGAUAGGAGUGCUUUAAAGAAGGUGUGUGUGUGUGUGUGUGUGUGUGUGUGUGUGUGUGUGUGUGUGUUGGAAGGGUGGGGAGUUGGAUGUCAGACACUGAAGAAUUAUAAGUUUCCACUGUAAUUCUUCUGUAAAAUGAAAGAGUUGAACUAAACCAUCUCAAAUACAAGACGUGCACCAAAUCUUAUGGUUGAGUCAUUGUUGAUUGGGUAACUCAACUCCCAUUUCCAAUCCCUGUCUACCUUGCUUGCCUCUAUCACAGAGGCUGGAAAAUCAAGAAACUUGCUUUUUUUCCUCCCUCUCCUCUUAAAGAUGGGGUAGCCACACCGCAUUGUACAGUCUGGCCUUUGAGAUAUAACUGGAAGUUUGUUGGGACUUGUUAGAAAAGAUUUUUGUUUUGCUUUCCCCUUAAGAGGGAUUGGAGGGAUUGAUAUCACUGGUAUCCUCUAGGUGAUUUCCCCAUUCUUCCUGCCAUCAAUUAAGAUGAGAUUUCAGGAGUUAUAACAUGAGGCAAGAGUUGUGAAGAUGAAAGUCUUACACACUAAGUAUGAUGGAGUGAUAGAAAGAGAUUGGAUCUAUAUUUUUGAGCUGCUGAACCCUCUCCAUCUUUAAAUUUCUCAUUAUGUGUGAAAAGAAUCUCCUACUUUUAAAUAGUCAAUCUUACUUGGCUUUUGUAUUAUUUACAGCCAAAGAAUUCCUAACAGCUUACAAGCAUUAUACACAUUUACAGAAGGAAGGGAUUAAUGUAGGGUAGUAAUAGAGAAGUUUCUAAUAUUCUACCAAUUUAAAAUGCAUAUCACAAUGAUCUUUUGACUAUUAUCCUAUUUAUUUUCUUUACUUCACCAUAGCAGUAAAUGACAAUUUUCUUUUCUUUCAGCACUCUUUAGGACUGUUAUUUCUUAAGAACAGGGUUAGAAAACUAUGGCCUGUGGACCACCACCUCUUUUGUAAAUAAGGUUUUCUUCAAACACAGCCACACCCAUUCAUUUGUGUAUUGUCUGUAACUACUUUCAAGCAACAACUGCAGAGUUGAGUAGUUAGAAUAGAGACAGAGGGUCCACAAGCCUAAAAUAUCUGCUCCCUGGCCUUUUACCCCUGCUUUGGAAUGCUGUUCCAUUUUCCUGUGGCCUUCAUAGUCUUUGUCAUUCUCUGCAGUCCUACUUCAGUAUCACCUUGAAUGUUCUUUUUCAAGUUUUUUCUCUUCACUUCCCUGUUAUUUCCUAGUGCUUCACCAUGUUUAUUUCCUUGGAAACACUUACAACAAUCUAAAAUUAUCAUUUUUUAUUUUUUAUUGCCUGUUUCCAAUCAGAAUAUCUGCUUCAUGAUAGGAGGGAUCUUUCCUACCUUGUUGAAUCCUCAGGAUCUAGCAUAGUGCCUGGCAUAGAGGAAGGAAUCCAGUAAACACUGAAUUAUAUGAGUGAAUAAUUAAAGCCCCAAUUCACACUAAUUUAGAUUUCUGUAAUAACUGUCUAAUUGAUUUUUCUUUUUUGCCUCUAGUCUCUUACUCCUCUAAUCUAUGUCACUCAGGCUUGUCGGAUCAAUCUCCUUGAAACCUACUUAGUUCCUAGCACUAAAACCUUCAGCUAACUGUCCUUAAUUGCUCCUUGCUCUACCAGUUGUCUACAGAAUCAAGUUCAGACUUGCUGAUGCAAUCCCAGCCUCUUUUUAAGAGCAGACUUCUUGCUUAUUUUGAAUGGCCUAUACUUAACCAAAUUGGCCAACAUGCUCAUUCCCAAAAAUACCUGUGAUCUUUGCUUUGGUGCUUUAACUUAGUUAUUCCAUCUGGAAUUUCCUUCUUUCUGACUUCUGAAUGACAGUCUUGCCCAUUCUUGAUGGCUCAACUUAAAUGUUAAUAUUCUUUACUAAACAUAUAAUUCCCUUUAUCACAUUUCCCACAUCUUGUCUUCUCCCACUACCCUUCACCCCUGGUAAACAUGAUCUUGAAUCUGUGUUCAAUGUUGCUUUUUGUCUUUUUUUUCUGUGUAGUGUUACUGCAUCUACUUGUAUUCCUAAAAAGUCUGUUUAAUUGCUUUUCACUUGACAAAAAUACAUCUUGAGAUAUAUAUAUAAUCCUUUGGAUUUACAUUUUUCAUGUGAUAUAUUGGUAAGAUUCAUUUAUAUUGUUCUGUGUCUUACUUACUGCUGUGUGACAAAUGAGCCCUAAGCUUGUUAGGUUAAAAACAACACUCAUUCAUUAUCUCAGUUUCUGUGGGUCAGGAAUCUAGGCACAGAUUAGCUGGAUCCUCUACUUCAGGAUUUCUCAUGAGGCUAUAAUCAAGGUGUUGCCUGAGGCCAUAGUCACCUCAAGGUUAACUGGGCCAGAUCUACUUCCAAGCUCACUCAGUGGUUGCUGGCAGAAUUAAGUUCCUUAUGGAAUUGGAUUAAGAGCUUUGAUUCUUACUGGCUGUUGAACAGAGAUCACCCUCAGUCCUUGAAAGGUGGCCUUCUCCAUCACAGCGCAUGAGAAGAGCCAGGGAGAGAAUAUCAGCAAGACAAAAUCACAGUCUGUUGUAACUGAAUUACAGAAUUUACAUCCCCUCAUUAUUGCUGUACUCUCUUCAUUAGAAGCCAGUCACUAGGUCCAGCCCACAUUCAAGGUAUUUUUGGAGUUAAUGGAGUCAGAAGGACCUCCAGAGUCAGAGAGUUCAGAAUUUUUCUCACAGCAAGAAGAGGAAAAUGAAGAAGAAGAAGCCCAAGAACCAGAGGAAACAGGCCCUAAGAACCCCCUUUUACAACCUGCUCUCACAGGGGAUGUAGAGGGUUUGCAGAAGAUAUUUGAGGAUCCUGAGAAUCCUCAUCAUGAACAGGCCAUGCAGCUUCUCUUAGAAGAAGACAUCGUUGGGAGAAAUUUGUUGUAUGCAGCUUGCAUGGCUGGGCAAAGUGACGUGAUUAGAGCUUUGGCAAAAUAUGGUGUGAAUCUGAAUGAAAAAACCACCAGAGGGUACACACUCUUACAUUGUGCUGCAGCCUGGGGUCGUUUGGAAACUUUGAAAGCACUGGUAGAACUGGAUGUUGAUAUAGAAGCUUUGAACUUCCGGGAAGAAAGGGCUCGAGAUGUUGCUGCUAGAUAUUCUCAGACUGAGUGUGUUGAAUUCCUGGACUGGGCAGAUGCAAGGCUGACUCUGAAAAAAUAUAUUGCAAAAGUCUCUUUAGCUGUUACUGACACAGAAAAGGGAUCAGGGAAACUCCUUAAGGAAGACAAGAAUACCAUCCUCAGUGCAUGCCGUGCAAAAAAUGAGUGGUUGGAAACCCAUACAGAAGCUUCCAUUAAUGAGCUUUUUGAACAGAGACAACAACUGGAAGAUAUUGUGACUCCUAUCUUCACAAAAAUGACUACACCACGUCAAGUGAAAAGUGCCAAAUCUGUAACAAGCCAUGACCAGAAGAGAAGUCAAGAUGAUACCUCCAACUGAACAUACGUUCUGUAAAAGGCCACAUUUUCUUCUAGUAUCUGAAAGGCAAACCUAUUCAUGCCAUUUGAAAUCGAGAAAACAGAUGUGGGUUUCUUUAAGUAUUUAAGUACAACAUUACAUCGCCCUUGUUUUGUUUGACCUGUUCAGCAUGCUUAUGUCCGGACUCUGGCCUCGCCUCUGCUCCUCCAAGCACAGCCCCAUGUGAGUUUCACGUGCUCCUUCAGGAAAGCACUUGGGUAUAAAUCAUUCAUGAAGACCAUGUGGAGGCUUUAAGAACUACUCAGAGAAUCUAAUAAUUUUCUGUGUAAUUGAGGCAUUCCAUAUAAAAGGACAUAUUUGGCUAUUUCCAGAGAAAAAAUUUGUUCUCCCUGCCUAAAAAGGAAAUCUUAUGGAAUGACACUUGGAGCAAGGAAAUAUUAAGACCGGCUUGGAUUAGGAGCCUCUGGGUACAACUAUCACUUUUUAUGUCCAAAAUUAAAAUUCACCUGUGAGGUGGGGUAUACCUCUGAGUAAAACCCCUCUUUAUCUUUGACCUCCUUCUAUCUGUAAAUUAAUAAACACAAAUCUGUAUAGUUUUAUACUUAGAAGAGUUCUCCUAUUCUGUAAGGCUGGCAAUACAGAUAUUGUAACUGGACUGAAGGCCAUUUCCCUUCCCAUUCUGUUUUAUAUUUCCUAGGUUUUAAGUACGAUAGUUGGUUUCAUAUUGGUGGUUUGGAAAGCCUUUUUUCUAAUUUAUUUAAUCAGGCGCCUCAACCUUCUCUUAUGUUGUGACUUUAUGGAAAAGUUUUAUAGAAAAGAAAAUGGUUUUUAAAAAGCACUUAUUGUUCGUUCUUAUGGCUUUCUCUUCUUUGUCCUGUUCUGAAAGCUAGUUUUCCCUUAUGGGGAGAAGGAAAAGGAAUGGGUAAUUCAGUAAUACUUUGUCAGUUGACAUUUAUUUAACCAUGGUUUUGAGAUAACCCUGUUUUAAAUGUCUCCCAAAGUUUUUAGUUUUUUAUCCUUUUAAUGUAUGAGCAAUUCAGUUUCAAUUUUUUAAAGCAAAAGAACACUGCAAUAACUUUCAGCCACCUUUUUGGCCGACCCAGUGGGUGUUUAUGGAGCAGUACAAAGAAGACCUGUGUUUGCUCCUUUUUUUUUUUCCUUCCUUCUCCCUUCUCCCUUUUCCCUUCCCUUCCCCUUCUCCUUCCUCUCCCUUCCCCUCCCUUCCCCUCCCUUCCCCUCCCUUCCCCUCCCUUCCUCUCCCUUCCCCUCCCUUCCCCUCCCUUCCUCUCCCCUCCCCUCCCUUCCUCUCCCCUCCCCUCCCUUCCCCCUCCCUUCCUCUCCCCUCCCCUCCCUUCCUCUCCCCUCCCCUCCCCUCCCUUCCUCUCCCCUCCCCUCCCCCUCCUCUUCUCUCUCCUCCUCCUCUUCCCUCUCCAACUCCUUCUUCCUCUCUUAUCUCUCUCUCUCUCUCCACCCCCGCAACCUUCUUGACAGGGUCUCCCUCUCCUGCCCAGGCUGGAAUGCAGUGGAGUUAUCAUGAUCAUAGCUCACUGUAACCUGUAACUCCUGCACUCAAGUGAUCCUCCCACCAUGCUUGGGUAAUUGAAAAAAUAAACAUUUGCAGGCUGGGUGCUGGCUCACACCUGUAAUCCAAGCACUUUGGGAGGCCAAGGCAGGCGGAUCACCUGAGGUCAGCGGUUUGAGACAAGCGUGGCCAACAUGGUGAAACCCUGUCUCUACUAAAAAUACAAAAAUUUAGCUGUAUGUGGUGGCAUGCGCCUGUAAUCCCAGUGACUUGGGAGGCUGAGGCAGGAGAAUCACCUGAGCCUGGGAGGUGGAGGUUGCAGUGAGCUGAGAUUGCACCACUGCAUUCCAGCCUGGGUGACAGAGUGAGACUCCAUCUCAAAAAAUAAUAAUAAAAACAAAUAAAAAUUUGCAGAGAUAGAGUCUUGCUACGUUUCCCAGGCUGGUCUUUGAGUUCCUGGCCUCAAGCAUUCCUCCUGACUUGGCCUCCCAAAGUCCUGGGAUUACAGCUGUGAACCACUAUGCCUAGCCCAUUUUCUUAAUACAGUAUAUUGUACGAAGACCAGUGUCCUUAAGGACUGCAAUAAUUUAGGAAAAGUCCAGGUGCCAUUUUUGUCCUUUCUACUCUAACUCUACAUUUUCUGAGCUUGGAUUUUGAAUACAACAUUACUUUCCAGGAGUGUGUUCCAGAUUAGGGAGGGAUUCCUGGAUUCUUACUUCAAAGAUUUCUAAAUUAGACCAAGGCAUUUCUGGAGACCCCUUAGUAUAAAAUAAACCUAUUUUCCCUCUUUGUUAAUCUUUCAAUCCUUAUCCUCAAACUUUUUAUAGCUUUUGAUACAUUUGCUGAUGCUAUUUUUAAACUCCUUGUGUUGGUACUUUUAUGCCAAUUAUGAUUCCUCUACUCUCUUAAAACUGCUUUUCUAACUCCUUCACCAGUUCCUCUUCUUCCUCUUGCCCCUAGUUGUGGGAAUUUCUCAAAAUUCAAUCCUAACCUUUGGUAAAGCAAUCUGUAAUUCUCUAUUCCAUGACCUUCCCUGUCACCAGUAUUAUGAAGAAUGAGUCUUUCCCUCUUUAGGGCACCCAUAGUGCUAAUAGCCUCAUACUGUAUUCUACUUAAUUGUUCACAGGUUUGUCUUUCUGUGUGAAUUGUAAGCUUUUUGAGGGUAGGGAUUUUGUUUUGUUCUUUUUUUAUACCUAAAAAGUCCAUAAAACAGUAAGUUAGUAAAUAACUGAAUGAAUUAUCUUUUAGUAAUACCUUAUACAUAGAACUCAUUACCUCUUCAUUAAUUUAUAGAGCUUGUGCACCUUUAUAAAAAUGACUCCCAACACUUAUCUCCAUAUCUUGCCCCAUUUUAACUCCUACUCCUCUAGCAGAUAAGCCACACAUACAUCCAACAUCUCUACGCCUAAUUUCUCCUCUGACCUUCUAUUUUCUAAGCCUUCACCUUGAAUGUCACUUUACUUUCUGGCAUGUGAACCAAGUGAUUACAACAGAUUCCUGGAUCUCAUGUCAAAGAUUCCUUUGAUGUGAGAAUCUGAACAUUUAUUUAUAUCUAUAGAUUUACAAUUUUAGUCCAUUUUGAGAGUUAUAGUAUCUCUUGUUACAUAUUGUUACAUUGAAUUAUAGAUCUAUUCAUAGGCGACUUUAAAUGCCCUUAGGCUUUGAGUUUGAGCUGUUACAUAGGUAGCUGCAUGGCUUUUUCUGAACAUCCACAAAGUAAUUACUAUUCAAAGUGCAUACUAAUAAAUCAAUGAAGCCUCCACAUUAUUUGGGAAGUAGUCAAUCAAAGGCUAAAUUCAAUGUUAUGAUAACUUUUAGGCAGUAGUUCUUUAGACUUCUGUAUUUAAUUGAACAGAAAAAAUGUAAAAAAGGGGAGGAGAUUGAUAGGACAUCAUUAAUAAAACAACUACUAUCUACUAUCACUAUCAUUUAACAAAAGACAUUUUAACACCAGAAAAGGGAAGAGAUCUCAGUGUAGGGCUCUACCCUUUAAGUUAAAUAAAUUAAGUUUUAUUAUAGAUCUUUAUGUUGUAUUUAUUUUUCUUAUUUUGUCAUAUAUGAUGGAACUUUUGUCAUGAAUCAGAACUGGCCUGUGGUCCAGCCUUUGAGAACUACUGCUCUGGACUAAGUAGAUUGCUAUUUAGAUUAACAUGAUGCCCCCAGAUUGUAAAGGACUGACACUUGCCCCCAUGUUCAAUCUAAUAUGUGGUAGAUUGUAUUUUCCAGGAUGGCCACAUCUCCCUUCCCACAUGCUCUUCUUACAAUAUGGUCAUGACAUUCCUCACGUAGAGAGAUGUGUCUCUGUUCUUUCCUCUUGAAUCUGGGCAGGCUCGUCACUACAGUGGAAGUGAUUCUAUGUGAUUUCUGAGGCUAGAUCAUAAAAGGUGAUGAGGCCUCUGCCUAACUAGGGGAAAUGCUUUCUCUUGAGAUGCUCACUCUUGACCAGCCUAUAGAGAGAUCCACAGGGAGGAACUGAGGCCCCAGCCCACAGCCUUGGUUGAGCUCCAGCCUGCAGUCAUCCCCAACUUGCCAGCCAUAUGAGUGAGCCAUCUUAGAAGCAGAUCCUCCAGUCAAGCCAGCCCAGCUGAUGCUGUGUGGAGUGGAGACAAGCCUUCUGUGCUGAGCCAUGCAAAAAAUUGCAGAUUUGUGAACGAAAUAAAUGAUUGUUAUUGUUUUAAGCUA